AUGUCAGACAAUACCCACCACCCUGGUGGCUCCACAACCUCCAGCCCUUGCUUCAGCAAGCAAAACGAAGACACCUCCAACACCCUGUACGACUACGAGCUUGAGGUCGACAAGGGCCUGUUGACGUCGCCGUUCAACCCGCCCGCCUCCUCGUUCAUCGCUGCCGAUCAUCCGGGACUCCAGGCGUCCAGCUCCAACAACAACAUCAAGGUCAUCUGUCGGUUCCGUCCCGAAGACGACUCGGAGAAGAACAGAGGCAAUGUCAUCGUAUCGUUUCCCGACUCCCAGAGCGUCACUGUCGACGGCAGGGACGGUGCCUCCACCUACACCUUUGACCGCGUCUUCCAGGCAGACUCCACCCAGGAAGAAAUUUACAAGUUCUCCGUGUACAAGUCGGUGGACGACUUGUUUAAUGGCUACAACGGAACCAUCUUGGCCUACGGCCAAACUGGGUCCGGUAAGUCCUACACCAUGUUGGGGGCAACCGACUCCAAGAACAACCAGGGGGUGAUUCCCAGAAUAUCACAAGAAAUCUUUGCAAGGAUCCAAAACGGCUCCUCUGAAAUUGAGUACACCGUGGGUGUUUCCUUCAUGGAGCUCCAUUUGGAGCAGAUAAACGAUUUAAUCGACACCUCUAACAACAACAACCCCGACCAUAAAUUCUCCAUCCAUUCCGACAAGGCUAAUGGAAUUUAUGUGAAGGGAUUAUCACAAGCAUUCGUUUCGUCCGUUGAUGAGUUAAAUUUAAUACUAUUGCAAGGGUUGAAGUUCAGGACAUCUGUAUCCACAAACAUGAACAUCGAGUCCUCAAGAUCCCAUGCUAUAUUCCAAAUCAAAUUAACUCAGAAACAUAUUCUGUCUGGAAUAAUGAAGCGAAGUCAUUUGUUCUUGGUUGAUUUGGCCGGUAGUGAAAAGGUUGAUAAAACUGGUGCUCAGGGGCAAACUUUGGAAGAAGCCAAGAAGAUUAAUAGUUCCCUUUCGACUUUGGGAAAUGUGAUCAAUGCAUUGACAGAUGGAAAAUCUACUCAUAUACCAUACCGUGAUUCCAAGCUUACUAGGAUAUUGCAAGAAUCCUUGGGUGGUAAUUCUAGAACUUCCCUUAUCAUCAAUUGCUCUCCAUCUUCCCUCAACGAACCUGAAACCCUUUCAACACUUAGAUUUGGUAAUCGAACCAAAAACAUCAAGAACACUGCCCACAUAAAUACCGAAUUGAGUGCAAGCACUUUGAGGCAAAAGCUCUCCCAAUUGGAAAAGACUAAUGACAACAACCAAUUAUACAUCAAGCAACUAGAAUUGGAGUUGGCACAAUGGAGAAACGGUGACAAGGAGCGGAAGAUCCAUAUUUCACAAUCACAAUCACAACUGCCCCGUUCGUCGUCGAUACCGAUUGGUGCCAAUAUACCCUCCAGUGUUAGAAAUUCUAUGAUAUCCCCUCGCACCCCAACCAAAUUACCAGUACCAGUUGGAGCAGUUUCAGGGACCGCCAGCACAGGUGCCGCGCUUGCGGCCGCUGCUACCAGCAAUAAUCCUACACCUGGUUCAAGAAUACCAUCAGGUGGAAUGAUUCCUAUUCCUGCAUCUUCUUCCCCAUUACCUCCUUCAAAGUCAACCUUCCAACUCAGUGAAGACAUCGAGAGAAGAGACAAAAAGAUUGCCGAGUUAGAACAAAUAAUCCUUGGCAUGAAAAUGAAUAAUCUCAGAAGUAGCCACGCGGAAGAUUCGAAGUUGUUUGCCCUUGAAAAUUCACUUUACAAGAUUAGCAACAAGCUCAAUGAUGUUGAAGCUAUUAAUGAUAAUUUGCGCAAACACUUAUUAAUCAGUGAAAAGAUAAUUGAAAGCCGUGAUCUCAAGAUCAAUAAACUCAAGGGCUCCUUGAAAGAACAACAAGUUCAAAUUUCCCGGGAGACGUUAGGGUUUCGUCAUAAAUUGGGGGACAUCCAACAAAAAUUGGAUAUAUUGAAUAAGGAAAAACAAGAAGAAAUAUACUCUCAGGCUAGAGAGAGCAUAAUGAGAGAGAGUAUGUACUCAGUGGAUAGCAAGGCUAGGGACAGCAUGUUCUAUUUGGACAACAAGACAAGGGAGACUUUUAUAGAUAUGGAUCAGAGAUCGUUCUUGGAAGAACAAAAGAAUGCUAGGAGAGAUGCAAACAUGGUGCUCAGACACAAUGAAAGUAAGCUGAUUCACCUGUCCUCAUCAAUUGAUGAUCAAAGCGUGAAAGAAGUAGCUACUUUCUCAUCCGAGAUUCCAAUUGUAUCAGCCUCUGAGACUGAUUCAAGGCAUUCAGUGAAAAGCAUGAGAACUAUUGAUGAACAUAGAAUAUUCAGGACUCCAGUUAUUGCCCAAAAAGGAUUUGAUUUUGAGAAAAAGAGCCUGAAACGUUUUUCAAAGGUUGCCCCACCUACAGAGGAUGAUGAUAGUCUCCCAGAAUGUGAUCUUGACGAUGUACAGCUUCCAGAAAGUAACCUCACAGGUGACGAUUUGUCAGGUAACGAGCUGUCGGGAAAUGAAUUGUCAGUCAAUGAUGAAAAAACCAGUAACUCGGAAACAUUGACUAGUACUGGAGAGGACUCUAAGAUGAAUUUGAAACGAUUCUCGUUGAUUGCAACCAAAAAGAGAGAUUCAGGCGACGAAAAUGAUAAAUCAAUGUCUAACAAGAGUGUGUCUCUUAUUGAGCAUGAUAGCACCAUUCUUAAUUUCCAUCAGGAGUUUCUUUCCAUAGGCGAGUUUUUGGCUGAAAGCAAAUCAAAAACUGGCUUGGUGGACACCAUCAGAAAUUCAAUAAGCGAUCUCAAUGAAGAUACUUCAGAAACAUCAGGUAUGUUUGAUGAUCCUCCAAAUUCACCCAAAGCUGGCCUUAACUUGAGAAUCGUUAAACCUUUACGUGGGGGUAACAUUAUACAGAAGAUGAAUUUAUUUCAGUGA